GCUCCGGCUGCUCUGUCUCUCUUCUCUCACUUGACUAACCACUGCUGCGGGCUCUGGAACUGGCGGGAUAGACUUGUCUAGGCUAUUCUAACCUCUUCUUGGCUUAUGUGGACUAGUUGGUGCUCUGUCUCGGUAUAUUUAGCCUAUGUGAAAUAACCGGGCCAAUUAUAAAACCUUCGGUCAGAUAACAGUUCUUGUUGCGCACUCAAUGCAAGUGGUAGUUUGGAUUGUUUCGAGUAGCAGCCAAAGUGGACGAUUAUAAUUUCAGUUAUCAUCAUGGGCGACACACUAAGCCUCAGCUCCUGAGGCUCAGGAUUGCUUUAGCAGUGGGGUGACGAGGACGAAGAGAGAGGCACGGCAUUCCCAGACUGGACCGAUAAGGACUCCUAAAUGCGUCUUCCUGUCGACCCAACGACAACAAUGAAUAGUGGUUCUAGCAACUUUCUGCUAGUUCCAAUACCGGAGUAUCCCGUUCUAGACUGCGUGCCCAACAAAAACGUUAAGAUCGUGGUUUUGGGAGCGAGCAACGUGGGGAAAACAGGUAGGAGAUCAAGCUUUAGGAGAAGUGCCCAAAAGUAAGCUGAAUCGCACCGUUGGAGUGAAAGUCCGGAGGUUUUUAAUUUCAGAAUCUAUCGAGGCGUAUUAAUUGGGUCCUAAUGGAAAACUAAGGCUAGAAUGGGAAUAAUGUAUUUGCAUCAGUUUGGCACAAACGGAUUGGCCAUACAUGUAGCCUGUAUAGCCUAUAAAACAUAUGUCGAUUUUGGAAAAACGUACUAAUAUUUCCACCUAUCACUUAAAUAUGUUAUUGUGUCUCUGGGAUAGGCUACACACUGGUGUGCCAGUUGAACAGUGAGAGGUAAACAAUCUCGCCAGGGGGCGACGUGUACAUUCACAGACCAGACCAAGAUAGAUAGACAGGCUGACAUCAUGUCCCAAAUGGCACCCUAUUCCUUAUAUAGUGCACUACUUUUGACCAGGACCCAUAGGGGUAUAGGCAAAAGUAGUGCAGUACGUAGGGAAUAGGGUGAUAUUUUGCAUGUAUACUGCUGAUGGGAACCCGACCUGUGCCAGCUAAGGAGCAGUCUAUGUCAACUGUGAAAACGAUACAGUAUGUAGCCUGCAGUAUUCUCUUCUUGCAACUAUAACAGAUAUGUGACCUUCUAGUAUUCUUGUCAAGGUGUUAUAUUUCAAUUUUUCCAUUUAGCAGACACUCUUAUCCAGAGAAACUAACAGGAGUAAUUAGGGUCAAGUGCCUUGCUCAAGGGUACAUCGAUAUUUUUGACCUAGCUUUGCGCUAGGCUACCUGCCGCCAUGUUUAGGAUGUUGUUGGCCUAUGCCAAAUAGGACUACAGUAUUCUUCAAUGGCAACUAUGAAAAUAUGUAGUCAACUACAUUAUUAUUCUCAAGGUGUUUCUCAUUGGAGACUAUUCUUCUCGUUGUUUCAUUCACAGCGUUGAUAGUCAGGUUUCUGACCAAGAGGUUCAUCGGGGACUAUGAGGCAAACACCGGUAUGAUUUUAUCAUUCUAACAGUCACAGUCAUAUAAUAUACACAGACCACCAUGCACUCACCCACCCACGACUUAUGCUGCUGCCAUACUGUUUGCUAUUAUCCUUAUUUAUCCUGCUACCAGUCACUUUCUCCUAAUCCCCCGCCUACAUGUACAUAUCUUCCUCAAAUUACUCCAGUAUCCUUGCAUAAUAUGCAUAAUAUUGUACAUUUGGUAUUGGCACUGACCCUGUAUGUAUCUUAUUUUUGUGUUUUUCUUUGUUAUAUAUAGUUAUACUAUUUUGAUAUUGAUUACUGCACUGUUGGGUAGAGCUUGCAAGUUAAGCAUUUCACCGUACUUGUGCAUCUGACAUUAAAACUUGAACUUGAACUUGUCAUUUCACAUUGUAAUAAUCUUUUAAGAACCCCAUACUAGUUUACUAUACAUUUAGAAACAAUUUCAGUUAUAAACACACAGUGAAAAGCAUCAGCUGGCACACACCCAAAAAAGUUAGUAGAGAUGCUGACUAACGGCAACUUAAAUGUAGGCUAUAAAAAUAAAUAGAGUCGCACACUCUAUAAGCUCCCAGUAAUUUAUUGGAUAAACCACCAACGUUUCGGUAUCACAGUGUAGUGCACUAUAUAGGGCACUACACUGUGAAGAAGGCACUGGGAUGCCGAAACGUUAGUGGUUUACCCAAUAAAUGAUAUAGAGUGGGCGACUCUCUUUAUUAACUUAUACUGUAAACACACACCCUAAUAAUACAGGCAAUUAAUACAUUUUGCAUCGUCAUUCAUUUGUUGCAUAUCAAUCCAUCGUGUUUAGUCAGUAAUGUUUUGCUUAUCUCUGUCCGCAGGGGCCUUGUACUCCAGAAAGAUCAAUCUAGAUGGAGAACAGGUCUCACUACAGGUUCAGGACACACCCUGCGUCUCUCUACAGGUAGGUCUCUCUCUCUCUACACAAGGGCUGUGUCCCACAUAGCACCCUAUUCCCUAUAUAGUACACUACAUUUAAAAUCAAAUUACAUUGUAUUAGUCACAUCACAUACACAGUUUACAGCAGGUAUAAAAGGUGCAGUGAAAUGCUUAUGUGCUAGCUCCCUCAACAAUGCAGUACAUCAGUCAAUAACAUUAAUAGCAAUAAAAAGAGUCAAGUCAAAAAUAUCAAAUAAGAGAGGUAGCAUAGUAAUAAUGGACUGUAUUACACCGUAUUUACAAAUAUAAAGUGGGUAGUGACUUGUUCCCACAUUGGAAUAAAUAGUAUAUAAUAGAACAGCAGCGUUGACUGUGUGUGUGUCUGUGUGUGAGUUCUGAGUACGUGUGGGUGCUUGGGUGUGUGUUUAUGGGUGUUUGUGUGUGUGUGUGUGUGUGUGUGUGUGUAAGGGUCGGAUGUGUGGGUAGUCAGUACAAAUAAUCUCUAAAGUGCAGAUAGUCUCUUAGGUGCAAAUAGUCACUACAGUGCAGGUCUGUGCAGGGAGACAGCUAGGGUCAGCUGUUCAGCAGUCUGGUGGCCUGGUGGUAGUAGCUGUCUCGGAGCCUGUUGAUCCGAGACCCGAUGCUCCGAUACCGCUUUCCAAAUGGUAACAGAGUGAACAAUCCGUUGCUUGGGUGACUGGAGUCUCAGGCAUUAGGGAGUGUGGUGCUAUUUGGAACACGGCCCCUGUGUCUCGCUACAGGUAACUCCUAGUCCUCACUACAGUCUAAGGGUAUAUGUAACCAGACCUGUGUCAAAUACAGGUGAAAUACUUUCAAAUGUCAAGUACUUUAAAGUACUUGCCAAGUCUCCCUUGGGAAAUAGGUUUUCUGACCUCCAUGGGACUUUCUGGUUAAAUAAAAUAAAAGUGACCGUAAAUAAAAACUUGAAAGUAUUUGAGUUGUGCCAACACAGACAGUAUCUCCGUUUGCACUUGUGGGACUAUUCCGUUGUAUUGGUUUCAUCGCAAAAAGUAUUUGACAUACAGUAGCUUAUGUAUUUGACCCCGGUCUGGAUAUACCAAGUGGAAACAUCUCCUUAUUUACUGUUCAUCAUUACCAGUAAGAAGGUAUGAUGUUACAGUAGAACAGGUCUACAUCCAGUAUCAGGGCAUAUCCCAAUUAUUUUUCUCCCUCUGUAGUGUUUUUUGAUAAUUCAGUGCCAGGCCUAGGGGUGGCUCCCAUUCAUUUAUCAAACUCACUUCAACCACCCGUUCAAAGGCCUGGUCUUGUAAACAAACUAUAUGCUUGAGAUAAAGAGUGUGUGCUGUCUGGCUGGCUGGCUGGCUGGCUGGCUGUCUGUCUGUCUGCCUGCUCCAUAAUCUCAUAAUAAUAACCGUGCAGACUACUGUAGGAGUUCAGAUGAACACAUCACUAGCUACAUACCAUUGAGUUUCCCUCUCUCUUCCCUCUCUUUCUCUCCCCCCCCCCCCCCCCCCCCUCCAUCCAGGACAAUGCAGAGGGACUAUAUUGUCAGGAGCAGAUCAACAGGUCUAUCUACUGGGCGGAUGGAUACGUCCUGGUCUUCUCCAUCACCGACCACAGCAGCUAUAGAACCAUCCAGCCUCUCUACCAGCACGUCAGACGCAUCCACCCUGCAGGGAAUAUACCUGUCAUACUGGUGGGUUUGACUGUUAUAUUACAUCUAUUUGUAACGGGAGCUGGAUGUUAUUAUAAUUAUUUAACUAAACUGUAUCUAUUACCCAUCUAUUACAUCCUUGACCAUAGAGAUACAUUAAAUUAUAUGUUAUAUUUAACUUUCACGGUAUAUGUCCUCGUCAUACUGAUGGUUAGAUGACCUUUAUUUUAUCAAGAAGUAUUUCUGGACAUCGCCUUAACAUUGGUCUAAUCCAUCUGUCAUCUCCUUCCAGGUGGGCAACAAGAGCGACCUCCUCCGUGCCCGCCAGGUGCCAGCCGACGAUGGUGAGUCUUUGGCAGCCUCUCUGGGUGGUGCGUAUUACGAAGUCUCUGCCCGGGAGAACCACGAGGGGGUCCACGCCGCCUUUCUCCACCUCUGUGGCGAGGUGAGCCGGGCGCUGGGCGGGGGGAACGGGGAGAAGAGGAGAGGGGGGCUGCACCUAGCCCGGCCUAAGUCCCCCAACAUGCAAGAGCUAAAAAGGCGGUUCCGACAGGUGCUCUCAUCCAAGGGGAAGUCUUCCACUACCACGCUGUGA